AUGCCUAUUCCUGGAUACUAUAAGGAUCCAAAGAAGAAAUAUGGGCUUAGAAGAUCUACAACAUACAAAGGCAAGCCCCACCAAACCCAUGCGAGAGUAGAAAAGAAGAAACAUUUACUCCGCAACAAGAAAUGCAAAUGCUUCCUGUGUGGUGAGGAAGGUCAUUUUGCCCGAGAUUGCCCUAAAGAAUACAAGAAUACAAAAAGGGUAGCACUGUUUGAAGGACUUGAAAUACCUGAUGAUUAUGAAAUCUUAUCUGUGCAAGAAGGAGAUGAACCAUCAGAUGCUAUCUUUAGCAUAUCAGAGGGAGAAGACCAUCAGGAAAAACUGAAGGAUGACAACCGAUGA